UGAGCUGGAUUAUUACGACUCACCCAGCGUCAAUGCUCGGUGCCAGAAAAUCUGUGACCAGUGGGAUGUCCUGGGUUCCUUAACCCACAGUAGAAGAGAAGCUCUGGAGAAAACAGAGAAACAGCUGGAAACGAUUGAUGAGCUGCACCUGGAGUACGCAAAGAGGGCAGCUCCUUUCAACAAUUGGAUGGAAAGUGCCAUGGAAGAUCUUCAGGACAUGUUCAUCGUCCACACCAUCGAGGAGAUUGAGGGACUCAUUGCUGCUCACGACCAGUUUAAAUCCACCCUUCCCGACGCCGACAAGGAACGUGAAGCCAUCUUGGGCAUCCAGAGGGAAGCGCAACGGAUCGCUGACUUCAACAGCAUCAAACUCUCUGGGAACAACCCCUACACCUCCGUCACCCCUCAGAUCAUCAACUCCAAGUGGGAACGGGUCCAACAGCUGGUACCAAAGAGGGACCACGCUUUGCUGGAUGAGCAGAGUAAACAACAAUCCAACGAGCAUUUACGAAGGCAAUUUGCCAGCCAAGCCAACAUCGUGGGACCUUGGAUCCAGACCAAGAUGGAGGAGAUAGGUCGGAUCUCCAUCGAGAUGAACGGCACGUUGGAAGAUCAACUCAACCACCUCAAACAAUAUGAGCAGAGUAUUGUGGAUUAUAAACCCAACAUCGAUCUGCUGGAGCAACAACAUCAACUCAUUCAAGAAGCCUUGAUCUUUGACAACAAACACACUAAUUACACCAUGGAGCACAUCCGAGUGGGUUGGGAGCAGCUCCUCACCACCAUCGCUCGCACCAUCAACGAGGUGGAGAACCAAAUCCUCACCCGUGAUGCCAAAGGCAUCAGCCAGGAGCAGAUGCAGGAAUUCCGAGCAUCCUUCAACCACUUCGAUAAG